AUGUCUUUUACUACUCUACUGAUAUUAGCAAUUGCUCCAGCGAUAUGGGCCUUGGACAAUGGUCUAGGACAAAGUCCUCCGAUGGGAUGGAAUUCAUGGAACCGUUAUACCUGUGACAUUAAUGAAACCGUGAUCCUAAACAACGCGAAAGCUAUGAAGGAAACCGGUUUAUUAGAAUUAGGAUAUAAUCAUAUUAUCAUGGAUGAUUGUUGGUCCAAACGACAACGAGACCCGGAGACAGGAAAAAUUGUUCCUGAUCCCGAGAAAUUCCCAAAUGGGCUAGAGGACAUGAUUGAAAAAAUUCACAACAUGGGGUUCAAAUUUGGCAUGUACUCUAGUGCUGGUAAGUAUACAUGUGCUGGAUACCCUGGAUCGUUGGAUUAUGAAGAAAUUGAUGCCAAAACGUUUGCCGACUGGAAAAUCGAUUACCUGAAAUACGACAAUUGCUUCAAUCAAGGACGUAGCGGCACUCCUUUAAUCAGUUAUCAGCGCUAUGAAGCAAUGUCGGAAGCUCUAAACAAAACUGGUCGUCCCAUUUUCUAUGCUCUUUGCCAAUGGGGGGAAGAUCAAGUUUGGAACUGGGCCAGUACUGUUGCAAAUUCUUGGAGAAUAACAGGAGACAUUUACGACAGCUUCGAUCGAUACGAUAUCCGUUGCCCAUGCGAGACCUACGACUGCCCCAGCUUACAGGGAUAUCAUUGCUCGAUCAUGAACAUUGUGAACAAAGCAACCCCUCUGGCACAGAAAACUGGACCCAACAGCGGAUGGAGCGAUAUGGAUAUGUUGGAAAUUGGAAAUGGAGGCAUGACAUAUGAUGAGUAUCUUACUCACUUUACCAUGUGGGCUGUCCUGAAAUCUCCUUUAAUUCUUGGAAAUGAUGUUAGCAAUAUGAGCCCUGAACAUUUAGCACUUGUGAGCAACUUCGAUGUGAUUGCUGUCCAUCAAGAUGUUUCUGCUCCUGCCAACAGAAUAUGGAAAAAGCCCUUUGUUGACAGCUUUGUGCAUCUCUUCUCCGGAGCUCUCUCGAAUGGGGAUUGGGUUGUGGCCAUUGUUAAUGAAGCUACCGUACCAUUAGUAGAAAUGAGUAUUCCCUUUUCUGACAUAUUCUUUGAUAACCGUGACAAUGCAAAGUUUGCAUGGACCGCAAAAGACUUAUGGACUAAGGAAACAAUAACUGCGGCUCGGCAUCUAACAGUUGAUGUUGUACCUCAUGGCACUCAAGUAUGGCGUCUCCAGAAAUCUACACAUAAUUCACACAACAGCAAUUACUGGACAGGACACAACACAGGACAUAAUGCCAAUUGA